ACGCCCAGAAUACACGUCAGAUGCAUUACAAUGAGCUAAUUUGUUCCGUGUUCAAAGAGUUGUUAUUUCUCUUGGAUUGGUCUGAAGCGGAGCGCCCCUCGAUCACUGCUCCAUCUGUGUUAGAAGAGAAUCUGCUUUGCUCAUCUGUACCGGGUCAUGACUAUAUUAACGCGUCAGCUAGAAGCGCAAUCAGUUCACUGGAGACAAAGCUGCGUUAUGGAUGGGACGGUAGCUGUGCUUCUUUUAACAACUCUUGUUUCCUGCACCUCGUCGAUUAGGAUCGACAGAGGUGGGGAGUUCCUGAGCAGAGAUUGCCCGAAGUGCAUUGAGGAGCUUUGCCCUAAGCCAGGAGAAGACUGCCCGCAGGGGUUAGUGCCCGACAUCUGCGACUGCUGCCCGCAGGGGGUGUGCGGUUUGGCUGAGGGGGACAAAUGCUUCAACGCGUCUCUGUUGGCCGUUUUGCCCCCCGAGAACAGGAAGUACAGACUGUGUGGCGCCAACCUGCACUGCCUGCUCAGACCUGAUCUCACCUCCAGGGAUGAACCAGAAGCACUGUGCUUUUGUAAGGAGACACAAGCAGCUUGUGGUUCAGACAACAGGACAUACGAAUCCGUGUGCCAGAUGAAUGAAGCGAGUGUAAAAAGUGGCAAUACUCUGUACUUGAAACACUGGGGGCCUUGCCAUUCAGUCCCAUGGAUCACUUCAGGCCCUGAAGAUGUGGGUGGUUCUCUGCAUCAAGGCUUGGCACUGGAUUGUGAGGUUAAGGGCUACCCUAUUCCUGGGGUCCAUUGGGAGUUCAAAGCAAAUGAUGACAAUACCAUAGUUCUUCCCAGUGAUGAUCUGUAUGUGGCAGUGCAGGUGAGGGGUGGACCGGAGCCUUUUAUGGUGACAUCAUGGGUUCAGAUAGUGGAUUUAAGGCCCACAGAUACAGGAAUCUAUACAUGUGUAGCAACUAACAGUGAAGGAGAAGCCCGAGCUUCAGCCAAAGUCGGUGUCAGAGGUUGAGCUUGGUUAUCUCAGCACUGAAUUGACACAUUUCUUUAUAUUAAUUAGCAUUUGAAUGUAUUUUGUAGAACGUACCUGAUAUUUCUUCAUCAUACAGUAAUAUGUAGAUUAGAUUUUGAUCAUAAUGUUAACCCUUUCACUAUAAAGAAAAAGUUUUAACCAAUUGUCAGAAUUUAGAAUUGUAUUUCUGAAAUAGUAAGUUAAUAUUUAAUAUUAUCUUUGAAAUUAAUUUUUAAUCUAUGACACUGAUAUUUCGCAUGUCUGCUUAGAUUUUGUGACAUUCUGGGUAAAAUGUUGUGCAGUUACCAAUAUUUUAAUAUGAAAUUGCUAACUGAUCCUCACUUCUACCCUUAAGAUGGAGACAGGAAUUUCUGCCAAAUCAUUGCUAAUCAUCUGUGAGUCUACAGAGUGUCAAAACCAAAAGGAGUCCUUAUUGAAAUCUACACUGCUAAGAAAACAUCAAAUAUCUAUAAUCCACAGAAUGUGGUGCACAGUGUACUUUUCCACGGAGCAGAAAUUUGUUACCCAUAACAUUUACAGGGUUAAGGAUUCAUGGAAGUAUGGUAGCACAAGUUCUAUAUUUGUAUGAUUUAUACUUUUUCAUCAAAUAAAUUUUAAAAGCCCAUUAGUGCUUGUUUAUGUGAA